AAGGGUCUGGAACAAGUAUAGCUUUGCCCUUUUCCCCCUGGUUUACACACAUAUAAACCCACUCACCCAGCCCUGAGCAUUCCCUGUUUUUCUUCCGGGGACCAGUUGUGGCAGUGGUUGCAGGUGCAGAGGGAUCAGGAUGUGCUGCCUGCAGCUCACAGGAAGGCAGGGAGCUACAAACGCUGCCACCUUCAGAGCAGGACUCCUGGACAAGCUGCACGUGUCCACACAGCCCCAGUGCCAGCAUUCAUCCGUUCCCUGUUUCAUUAGCUCUUCAUUAUUGUCAAAGGGAGCUCUGCCUACAUCACUGGCCAACCCAGAGAAGAUGCAGCUGAGGUGCACCUGGCUCCAGGUGUGGGUGGAAGGGAGCAGCUGUCUGGAGUAAGGACCAUCAGUUGCUCCAGUGUGGGACUGAGGGGGUUUGGAUGCAUGAGGAGCGGGACCAACCCUGUGGGGUGCACCCAGACCUACACGUAGGAAGUGUUACUGUCCCUCCUGCAAAGACAGACACUGUAGCCCAGGAAAAGGCCAAAAAGGAAGUCAAGUUCCUUUCCUCCUAUUUCAUUCUGCUGAGCCACCAAACUUGUGGGUUUGUGGUUGCAAAACAACCCCCUAUUUCAUAAUGCAAAAAAGAAGCCAUUUCACCAUCAAGUGACCAGCUCUAAGAAAGAGAAACAAAAAGUUCUGAUAGCCUUUCCCCCAAGGUCUGCCAGACCCUAAGACCUAAGCUGUCACAGGGGCCCAGCCCUGGGCAUGUGACUGGGACGUUGCGGUCCCAGUUCAACCAUCCCAGCCCUGCAGUCGUGCUGCAGAAACCCAAGCCGUGGGACAGAAGGUGCCUUGUGACGAGGUUGUAUCAGCAGCCGCAAGAAGCCGCACAGCUGCUUCGUACCUCUGGCCAACACUUUGCUCUGAAGAAACCCUGCUUGAGCUGAAUCCAGAGGGAGCCAAGAGAGACGUGAUGCUGCCUGUGACCCGUGUGCUGGCCUUAGGCACCUGGCUGGUGUCACAGAGUGAGGCUACACCAAGUGCCCCCACAAUCUCCAUCUUCCAGAAGCCACCUGGGGUGAUCCCACCUGGAGGCUCCAUCACCAUCUGCUGCAUUUGCCAGUGUAGCUAUGGCAGCUUUGUGAUGUACAAGAACGGUGACCAGGUCCCUGCCCUGGAGCAGAGUGGCAGCAUGGCCGAGUUCUCCAUCUCUAGUGCCACCUAUGAGGAUAGAGGUAGCUACAACUGCCAUUACCUGGAGGGAGGCACUUCGGUGGCUCGAAGCACUGAACUGGAAGUCUUUGUGGAAGAGCUCCGUCUGCCCAGACCCAGCCUCUCAGUCCUGCCUGGGCACAAGGUGACUCCGGGAGCUGACGUGACGUUCCGCUGCACCACCACACACCCCAGCACCGGCUGUUACCUGUACCUGGAGGGCCAGAUCCGAGCCCAGCUGCUCCCCAGGGAACGAGGCGACUACAACCUCUCCCUCGUGCAGGAAGGUGACAGCGGCCGCUACAGCUGCCAGUGCUACACCUUCAAUGCUUCGAGAGAAUGGUCUGCUGCCAGCAACACCCUGCACUUGGUGGUGAGAGCCGAGGACAUCCCUGGGGUCUCCCCUUGCCCUUUGGAUCCUUUAUGUGUCCCUUCGGAUCCUCUGCUGUCCCCGUGGGAGGACUAGGAUCUCCCAGUGGGUUCCUCCCCAGUGACGGUGCCUUCUGUCCCUGCAGA